GCUCCUCCUGCGCGGCACGGGGCACCGCAGCGGCGGCCGGAUCGCCGUGCAGUGUGUUGUUCCGCUCGCUGGCGGCCGCGCGGCAGCAGGCCAGGGUCGGUGCCCCGCCCUUGGCUGCGCGCCUCCCGGCGGUGCCCUUCGCGGCCGCUGGCGCUGUCCAGACCCGCGCGUUCGGCGGCUGGGGCAGCAGGAAGCCCGGGCCGCCAGCGCAGCAGAGCACGUUCGCGCCGUACCCCAUGACGCCGUACGGCAUCAAGACCAGCAGGGCCUACAGGGAGUCCAAGAAGGCGGCGCGCAAGGCCGCCGAGCGGGCCCGCCGGGCGGCCGAGGAGAAGGGCAUGCUCCUGGACCCGAAGAAGAACUUGCGGAUGGAGCUGAAGCGUAACUCUGGCAUCGGCUGGUACCGCGCCAUGCAGAUAGUCAAGCACCUGGAGAUGCACGAGAACGGGAAGGGCCCUCCCAUUGACCAGGCCAUGCGGGAACGCAUCACUCGGAUCGCGAGGGUCGUGCGCAUGGGCAAGUGA